AUUCUCAGCAUACUCUCACUCGGAGGUGGGGCGUUGGUCAAACUUAGAAGAAAAGUCCAAGAAGUGCGACGUUUCUUCAUUUAACAGCCAAGAAGCACAACAGGACAAACAUGCGCUGUACUGGAUUAUUUUUAUUACUCUGUUCGUACGUUUCAGUUUGGGAGAUUUGUGGAACUGCGCAUGCUCGUCUCCCCCAUGUGUCGCGGUACGAGGUGGUCCGACUGCGGACAGGACGAGUGAAAAGGAGCGCCUUUCAUCAAGAGAAAUAUCCUCCUGCAGUUGAAUAUGCCUUGGAUAUUGAUGGGAAAACCUUCAUGAUAUCUCUGGAAAAGAAUAGGGAGUUGUUAGCGAAGAAUUAUUCUCUGACUUACUACACAGAAGAUGGAAGAGAACAGACUACAUAUCCAUCUAAUGUGGACCACUGCUACUAUCAGGGACAGAUUAGAAAUAUAAAAGACUCCUCGGUCAGUGUUGGCAUGUGCUCAGGAAUGCGAGGGUUUUUAAGAGCAGAAAAUCACGUCUAUCUGAUUGAGCCCCUGGAGGAUUCUGUGAAAGGGGAUCAUGCAGUUUACAAACAAGAGCACUUGAGGACUAAGAGGGCAACUCAUGAAUACAUCAACGAUACUGUCUAUAACUACGACGUCAUGCCGAGACUUGCUGGGCUGUAUAAAAGUAGAAACAUGAAAAUCGCAGUGCCAAAAGGAGGGCGAUACAUUGAGAUGGUUCUAGUGGUUGAUCAUGCAGAGUACAACAAAUACGGAAGCGUGAAGAACAUAGAGACGAGAAUGCUAGAAGUUGUUAAUCAUGUGAACAAGCUCUAUCGUCCUCUGAACAUCCGCGUUGUAUUGGUGGGAUUAGAGGUCUGGAGUAAUCAAGAUAAGUUUGAUGUUAGCACUGAGCCUGAUAAAACUCUGGACCGUUUUAUAAAGUGGCGUCAGACAGAACUUCUGCCAAGAAAGAAGCAUGACAACGCACAAUUUGUUACUGGAGUGGAUUUUUUUGGAUCGACUGUUGGCUUGGCUCCCCUGAAGGCUAUGUGCUCUCCAUCAUCUGGUGCCGUGAACGAGGACCAUAGUAAAAGUGCUCUUGGGAUUGCCUCCACUAUCGCACAUGAAAUGGGACAUAAUUUGGGCAUGUCACAUGAUAGAGCAAAUUGUGAUUGUCCAAACACACGAUCUGGCCAGGGCUGUGUGAUGGGAGAGAGCAUUGGAUAUGUGCUUCCUGAACGCUUCAGUAGUUGUAGCAAAAUGGAUUUAGAGAUAUUUUUAGGGAACCAUGAUGUCCACUGCCUGCUAAAUGUUCCAAAUGAGCAUGAUGUGUUUGGGGGUCCAGUAUGUGGUAAUGCCAUUGUGGAAACAGGCGAGGAAUGUGACUGUGGAAUCUUGGAGGAAUGUGAGAACCCAUGCUGUAAUGCCACUACCUGCCGAAUGACAGAAGGCUCUGAGUGUGCAAAUGGGGAGUGCUGUGACCAGUGCAAGCUGAAGCAAGCAGGAAGUCUGUGUAGACCCAUUGCUCAUGACUGUGAUCUGGAGGAAUAUUGUACUGGGAAAUUAGCACACUGUCCCAAAGAUGACUACAAGAUGAAUGGGCUUCCAUGUAACUACAAUCAAGGCUACUGCUAUAAUGGCCAGUGUCCAACACACCUGGAGCACUGCAAGACGCUGUGGGGGCCAGAUGCUGAUGUUGCUGAUGAUGUAUGCUUCAACAACAACUGUCAAUGGUCCAGACAUGGAUGUUCCCAAAACAUGAAAUGUGGGAAAAUGUACUGCUCUGGAGGAAAUGAAUUUCCGAUAACCCAAAGGAAAAGUUUUAUAAUUAUUAGCGGGAGAACGUGCAAUGUGGCUGUGGAUUCAUCUGGCACAGAGGACUUGGUGCCAACAGGUACCAAAUGUGGGACAAACAAGGUGUGUUACAACAGCCUUUGCCAGGAGAUAACUGUCUAUGGAACUGCUAACUGCUCUGCAAAGUGCAAUAAUCAUGGAGUGUGUAACCAUGAGAGGCAGUGCCACUGUGAUCCAGGCUGGGCUCCACCCUAUUGUGAUACCAAGCUUUAUGACAUUUCAAGUGGGCAAGGUGUGGUCAUUGGUGUGGUUACUAUCAUAGGCAUCCUGCUGCUGAUUACUGUCAUUUUUGGAGGCUGGAUGUAUUAUAAGAAAAAAAUGAUAUUCAGACAGAAAAGCUCCAUUACGGAUAUGAAUGGCUACUCCGGUCAGUGCAACCCAGCAUUUCAGCCAGUCAGUGCAAAGAACAGCCCCAAAUGUGGACCCCCUCGUAUCAGCCAGCCCACCUUUCUAGAAUCAUCAGCAACACAGACCUGCACGCCUCUGUUUUCACCUAGCAGAGCUCCACCACAGCUUCCAAAGGUAGCAGAACAACCCAGAAGAGGACAGGAAAAACCAUUGCCUCCCGGAUCAAUACCACUUGCUCCAUCAAAACCUUUACCUCCACUGGUUACUAAACCUGUGAACAAACCAAAACCCCCUCCAGUGCCGCCUGUGAAACCAUCAGGUACAAACCCCACAUGGAAGCCCCCUCAGGCAGCUGCAGUACCAAAAGUGCCUCUCAAACCUCCUACAAAGUUCAGAUGAUGGGAAGCAGAGUGACUUUCUCUGAAUCACUGAGAGCUUCAGGAGAAGCUUUAUGAGCAAUCUUAAUGCCUCUACAAGGGAUACAGCUGUGAAGAUUAUUCAGACUUCUAUGUGCACUUUGGCAGGGAGAAACAGGAUGGGCUUUAAAAUGGUGGGAAAAUGCCCCACAAAGAACUGAAUGCUUUAAGCCUUUGGGGAUGUACUCCCUUUUUGUCUGAUGUCCUACUUGUUGUAGUUGCUUGAAGAAUGUUCUGUUGAAGUUACAUAUCUUAAUGUACUUGACUUUUAAAUUUUUUUUAAUUAUUAGAAUUGACUGUUUAUAUGCAAAAAAGAUUGUCACACUGUAAUUUUAAAUGAUUUGUCAUUUCAGUAACAACAUUGUGCUGUUUUAGAUGUUUUCUUUUCUUCAGUCAUGUUUGCAUUACUACUAUUUUGGUAUGUUGUUCAUUUUCAGCUGUUAAUUGUUAAAUGUUAAGUAUUUUUAAUUCUCAGCUGGCCUGAGAGCCUGAAAACUUUUAAAUUAUAUUUAAUUCAUUGAAUGCUAUUAAUGGUUUAACAAACAAACAAACGAUUGAUUGUUUUCACAAGUAUUUAGUAAUCUAUGGCAAAUUUAGUUACAAUGGAGAAAAUGACAGCCCAUAAUUAUUAAAGUUAUUGUAUUUAUUAUUGAGUUGUUAUUAGCCUGUAUAGACUUGAAACUAAUGUGUUAUGUCAGUGGAAUUUUUCUUGAGCAUAAAAAUUUGACAAAAUAUUAUUUAAUGCAUUAAAUGCCUAAGGGA